AUGUCGUCGAAAGAGCCAUCCGUCAAUGACAAAGUCAGUGCCAGCACCGAAUCCAGGGACUCGGCCGCUCCUUUGCUGAGAGACUCCUCCGCUGUACCCUCCGAACCGCAGACCUCGACAUCGACCGUCGGAGAAACCUCAACAAAGCCACGGAAGAGAGACUUUUGGAAGUUGGGCAAGAAGCCGGAAGAAGACAAACAACAUGCGAAGGGGAACGCUGCCGUUGCCUCGAUAUCCUCUUCCUCGACUGCCAGCCCCUCCGUUGGGUUGAAUCCGGCUUCACCCAUUAGAUCCCCGGACUGGGUCAGUGGCUCGGUAUCACCGCAUAGAGCCUCGAUGGCUCAUCAUCCCUACGGGAUCCCAGGAUCCCCGGGGUACGGGGUCAGUAACUCGUCGCCCAGGCCGCACUCACCCGCGUCUUCCAUGAUCUUUGAGCGAAACGUCCAGGAAGAAAUCGCUCUUCCGGAGACAUCCCCACACUUGCCUUCUCACGUCCUCAUCGAAAACCACAUUGCGCCCGCUCUGGAUGCGUCCGCGGAGGCCAUCACGAACGAAAAGCUGGACCCGGACACGGUGGAGAUUGUCACUCACGCAACGCAUCAGCCAGCUGCCGUGACGAUUUCUGGUCUUGGAGCCGAGCAUUCUCUGGCUUCCUCAAUGCAGGACGAGUUUCCUCCUUCUUUGGCGCAUCGGCAAGACGCGGACACUGGGUCAAAUUACGGCUCCUUGGAUUCGACCGAUGUGCGACGCCUGAGUUUCAUCUCCUUCGCUGAUGUUGUUCACGGCGAACAGGAGCUGGGAGACGUGCGCCGUGAUUCGACCCAUCUGUCGGGACAUCCAUCGCUCGUCCCGGCUCGCUCACCAUCUCCCAUUCGGUCGCCCACUUCCUCGGCGGCAUUUGGAACAUCACCACCCACAAGCGUGACAGCGUCUGUGAAGGGAUUCGAGACAUCCCCCAACCGAGCCCCAAAAGGUGCUGGUAGCCCGAUACCGGGACAGAGCUCGCCACUGGCUGCUGGAAAUGAGAUCAACGUUGAGACGAUGCGCCAGGCUCUCCGCAGGACUGGAAGCGGCGAUUUGAGUCACUUCCGCAGCCCGCCCGUCAGCGCCGUGGGCAACGAUGAUGGAACGUACGAUCGACCCUUCAGAUGA